GGGGCUCACGUGGGAAAGCUUUCUGGGAGUGAGGCGACAUGGGGAGAAUUUUGCUUUGGUGGACGUAGGUAGCGGACAGGCCGUCUGGGUUUUCUUCGGAUACUUAGCGAUAGGACCCUUUGCUGGCCGUACUACGAUUUUUCCCCUCCAAACGCCCUUCAGAGCGUUCCGCGCCCGGAGAGGCUUGCGGCUUCCACCCGGCCCUGCUCGCGGGUGCCCGCUGCCAUGGCGACCCUGCUGCGAGCUGCCCUGCGCCCUCUCCGCCCGCCCCCCGGGCACCGGGGGCCGGCUGCAGACGUGCUGCUCCGAGGCGCGCGCCAUGGCGCCGGCCAGCUCUACCCUGAGCACAUCCCCACCUCCCCGCUGCAGAAGGUUCUGCUGGCCGCGGGCUCGGCCGGAAUGGCCCUCUACAACCCGUACCGCCACGACAUGGUCGCGGUUCUAGGGGAGACCACAGGACUUCAUGCCCUGAAGGUCCUCAGGGACCAAAUGAAGAGGGAUCCAGAGGGUGCCCAGAUCCUACAGGAGCGUCCGCGGAUCUUACUGUCCACCCUUGACCUGGACAAGCUCCGUAGUCUGCCUGAGGGCUCACUUGGCCAAGAGUAUCUCCGUUUCCUAGAUGUGAAUAGGGUCUCCCCAGACACCCGAGCACCCACCCGAUUCGUGGACGAUGAGGAACUAGCAUAUGUGAUCCAACGGUACCGGGAGGUACACGACAUGCUCCACACCCUGCUGGGGAUGCCCACCAACAUGCUGGGGGAGAUCGUGGUGAAGUGGUUUGAGGCUGUCCAGACCGGCCUGCCCAUGUGCAUCCUGGGUGCUCUCUUUGGACCGAUCCGACUCCAUACCCAGGGCCUGCAGGUGCUGGUUUCGGAGCUGAUCCCGUGGGCAGUUCAGAAUGGGCGCAGAGCCCCAUGUGUCUUCAACCUGUACUACGAGCGGCGCUGGGAGCAGCCCGUGAGGGCUCUACGGGAGGAGCUGGGCAUCACAGACCCCCCGAUGCUUGUCAGGGCCCUGGCCUAGGCCCUGAGGUACUGCCCACCCUCAACCCCUGGGGGCAGAAGACUCUUUUGCCAUACCUUUGUUCCUUUUCUUUGAACACUGACCCUUGGACAUCAUUUGUCAUAAUUUGUUACAACCACUGCUGAGUGGCUUGAGGGCCACCCAGGAGGGAGCCAGGAGUUGCCCAAAGAGAACCAUGUGUGAGUGGGAAUCAGUCAUCCAGGCUGGUGGGGGCGGGAUGUCUCAGUUCCACUGCCCCUGUUCUGGACUGCUCUUUGCCAUCCAGGGCUUUUUGAGGGCCAGGCUGGAUUUCCUCCAACAGUGAGGGCUAUACCCAGGUACAAAGGCCUGAAAAGGAGCAGGUGAGUCUGCUGUCUGAAUAAAGCCUGCCAUCAGGCCAACUAUCUACCUCUUCCUCUAGCAGCCUUGGGCCUUUGAGCACCAAGGGCAGACAUUCCCUUCAGCCUGAACUUCAGCUACUUGUCCUGUUUCCUUUGGUCUAAAGUCAGACAGACUGGGACUCAAAUUCCCAAUUCCUCCAUCAUUUUCCGGCAGAGGAACUUGGCCCCCCUGUCAGCCCAUUUCAUCAUCAGUAAAAGGGGAAUGAAAACAGCACCCACUUCCUAGGGUCACUGUGGGGAUUUCGUGAGGUGACACUCAGAAGAGGGCUUCAGAGAAAGGGCCCCGGGGACAGAAGGCAAUUAUCCUCAUUGUGAUCACAGGUGAGGAGGCAACUCUGAGGCUGCUGAUUCAUUUUGGAAUGGCACCCAGACAUUUUCCCUGGGUCAGGGUCAAGGAGUUGGGGACAGGCAGGUUGAAAGAAUCACCGGAAGAGUGAGUGACCCUGUCUUGAGUUUUAGAAUGAGAAACACUGAGAGUUUUGGGGAUCCAGCUCCCCUUUGUGUGGAUAGGACAACCAAGGCCCAGAGAUGGGCAAGGAAUUGCCCGAAAUAACUAGAACACAGGCCACGUGUCCUCCUUGGUUGGGUUUCCUAUGCCUCAGUUUCCCUAGGCGCCCCAAGGGUUACAGUUUAUUUACAGCUGUACUCUGUGCGUUAGCAACUGAGAUGCAUUAUUGCACUGAUGCCUCCCAACAACCCAAAGACAAAAGCCAUACUAUUGCUUGCAUUUUACUAAUGAGGCAGUAGGAGCAGAGCUGGGUCUGGAACCACGGGCCUCUCCAAAACCGGCCCCACAUUGCCACACCAGCGCCUCACCCUUCCUUGUGCCAACUGAGUCCCAGUCCAGAUAGAUAGAGCUGGGAGGCUGGAGGCCUACCUCGGAACAGUGGCCUUUUCCAAGAGGGAAGCCUUGUCCUGAGCUCUUUGAAUUUCUGCAGAAAGGAGAGGAUUAGGGUGAGCUUUCUAUAUCUAAUCCUUCUUUGCAGCGUAGGCCAUCUUUCCAGGCCCAGCAUGUUUCCAUGGCUUUCCAGGGUCCAGGCACCCGUUACCCCCAGGUCAGUAAAAGUCAACAGUGCCAAGUUAGGGGGAGAAAGGCCUGACUCGCAGAUGGCCUUCUCUGCCCAGCUGGGGAGUUCACCUGCUCCAGCCACCUGGUGCCUGAAUGGCCCUGGGCCUUUACAGCAUUCAAGAGAUGGGCACUGGCUGUCACAAUUAGCUGGGAAUGAAGUCUGGUCUCCAGAUCUUAGGGUGGCACCAACUCACGAUUGGAAAUAAGUUAUACACUGGCAACAGCUACCACUGAGUUCUUACCACAGCCCAUAAGGCUCUGCCAACUUCUACCUAGAAACUUCCACUCUUCAUCUCAAUAAACUAUGUUGGCCUUC